AUGACUUUCUCGUACCGCAUGAGAUGGAUGCUGCCCGUGGCUCUCCUCAGGCUGCUGCUCGUGUCCGUGAUCAAGAACGCGGGCAACCACACGUACGAUUCCUCUUACCGGCUGGAGACUUACUACGAUUUCAUUGCAACAGUAACAGAAUCACAUUAUUCCUUGAAGUUCAUUGGCCGUCAUCUUCAAGUGGGCUCGGGGUCCGCUGGCGCCACUCUAGCCGCCAGGUUGUCUGAGGUCACGGGAUGGCGGAUCCUUCUGCUGGAGGCGGGCGGCGAACCUCCUCCAGAGAGCCACGUGCCGGCGCUGUACCCGGCGCUGCUGCAGGGCGAAGCGGACUGGAAUUUCGUCACCACCAGGCAGCGACACAGCCUCCGGGGAUUCACGGACAGGCGGUCCCCGUACGGGCGUGGCAAAGUGGUGGGCGGCAGUUCGACCAUCAACUUCAUGAUGUACUUGAGAGGAAACCGACGUGACUUCGAUAACUGGGAAGCGAUGGGGAAUCCAGGCUGGAGCUACAGGGAUGUCCUGCCUUACUUCAUCAAGUCCGAGGAUUACCGCGGGACAAGGCACGGAGCGACAGCUGCUUACCAUGGCUUCGGUGGUCCUCUGACGGUAGAUGACAAACUGUGGUACACGCCCCUCCUCAACGGAUUCCUGAAGGCGGGGCAGCAGCUAGGAUACAAUGUCAUCGACGCCAACGGUCCAGAAAUGAUAGGCUUUAGUGUCCCUGACAUGACCAUAAGAGACGGCUGGCGAUGGUCUACUGCCGAGGCCUUCCUUAAGCCUGCAGCCGACAGAGAAAACCUUCAUGUGGUUUUAAACGCCCUUGUUACCCAGUUAUUAUUUGACAGCCGUAAGCGGGCGAUUGGAGUGCGCUUUGAGCAUGGAGGAAAGUCCAAGACGGCGUUGGCGAAACGAGAGGUCAUCGUGUGCGGAGGAACUAUUUCGUCUCCGCAAAUCCUCAUGCUCUCCGGGAUCGGUCCGGCCAGGCACUUGCAGGAACACAACAUCCCCGUCGUGGCCGACCUGCCAGGCGUCGGCCAGAACUUCCAGGACCAUGCCUCUCUCUACGGCCUCACGUGGACCACCAACAAGGGCACUUCGCUCAGCCUCCUGACGCUCGCCAACCCGUUCUCGCUGAAGGAGUAUAUUCUUGGGAGACGAGGCCCUCUCUCGGCGCCCUACGCUAUCGAGGCUCACGCUUGGAUCCCGGCGGAGGAGGGCGACCCUCUCUGGCCCGAGGUGCAGUUCCUCUUCAUCGCUGGGACUUCGACGCUCGACAAAGGCAUCGCCAUUCCGGAUCUCAUUGGCUACGAUAGGAAGCUCUAUUACAAGUACUUUACCCCCAUCAUGGGUCAAGAAGGUUUCAGCAUAUCCCCCAUGCUGACGAGGGCCAAGUCACGUGGCUCCAUCACCCUGCAGUCCAACAACCCUAACGACCCACCAGUCAUUGAUCCUAACUACCUGAGCCACCCUGAUGACGUCAAGAAUAUCAUCAGAGGCAUCAAGUUUGCUCACGAGGUAGCGAGGACGCCCGCCAUGCAGGAGUACGGGACGCGAUUCCAUGAUAAGCCUCUCCCCGGUUGCGAGCACGAGGUCUUCGCGACUGACGCCUACUGGGAGUGCUUUGCCCGUGCUUUCACCGGGCAGACGUACCAUCCAGCGGGCACGUGCAAGAUGGGGCCUGUGGGUGACCCUUACAGCGUCGUCGAUCAUAGGCUCAGGGUUCGCGGUGUCUCUGGUCUCCGAGUGGUGGAUGCCUCGAUCAUGCCUCUGAUCGUCUCGACCAACACGAAUGCCGCUUCUAUCAUGAUUGGUGAGCGCGGCGCGGAUUUCAUCAAGCAGGAAUGGGGUGUCAUCUAAUCCCACACGCUUCGUCAUCUGAUCCUGCACAGUGAAGUCCAGUCUGUUACCGGAUGAUCCUACUGUGUCAUAUGAUCCUUUAAGGUGCUAUCUGAUUAUAGACGGCAUUAGGUUAUUUACAUUAAUACAUAGGAUGAUGAGUUAUAUGGAGGAACUUUAUAGACGUUGUAGCAAAGGUAAUUUUGGAAAAAUUGAGCUUUGGAGAAAAUAAAGAAAAAGUCUUUCCGACUUACGCUAAUAAACUGGAAGUCUCCCUCGAUGUCUACACGAAGAUGUAGGUGUAGGUGUCUAUUACCAGUAAUAAGGAUUAUCAGUGAAACAUUAAAACUUUCGAUUGAUAAUGCAACACACUUAGUUCUAUUCAGUAAGAGAAAACAACAACAGAGCUACGAAACCUCACGAAAUACCACAGAUAUACCUCAUCUGCGCAUGCGAAGGAGAAUCCCUACUCCACACAUAUCACAGCCAACGCCUCAUACCAAGUAAGUAUCAUCGUCCUCAAGGCACGGUAUAGAUAUAACGUAUUUAUUGACUACCAGUAACCACGGGUAAACAACGCCACAGAGAAGUGGACAAGGAUACAGAGGAGGGCAUCUGUGCUGUGAAUAGCUGGUGAAAGUGACGGAAAGACAGACAAAAAAAGUGAACAAUAAGUGACUAACUGAAAGAAAAAAAUUCCAUAAACCGGUUGAAAGGAUCUUUGAUUAUACGGAAACUGAAAAAGUGAUGGGUUUAAGAUUAUGAAAAAAGACAAUUUUAAAAUAAAAUACUUGUGUAAUUCCUGUCCAAGAGAAAAUCGAAUGAAUUAACUGUAGAGUGAUAUUACUAAAAAUGGAUUGUUAAUGCUAAGAGA